CAACGGCGUAUGAAUGAAUUGAGCACCUCUGACAUUUUGUUACGAAGAGGUUAGAAUGUUGCGAAAGUGACAGAUCGCGAAGGAUUUCGGUGAUAAGUGAUUUUGACAUUUGUGUAGUUACAAUUCUUUGCCGUGAUGGAUCCAGCAUUGCUUAGAGAACGAGAGCUCUUUAAAAAAAGAGCUCUCACGACUCCAACGGUAGAGAAAAAGAAGAGGGAAUUAGAAAAAGAUUCUGCAAGAGAUGAACCACUCAAGAAAAAACCUAAACCAUCCUCCGUAUCCAGCGGACCAAAAUUGGACAUAGUCAACUAUAAGACUAUGUCUGGUAGCACUCAAUAUAAAUUUGGAGUGUUGGCAAAAAUAGUUAAGCACAUGAAAGCUAGGCAUCAAGAAGGAGAUGAUCAUCCUUUAUUGUUAGAAGAAAUUUUAGAUGAAACAAACCAAUUAGAUGUUGGGUCUAAAGUAAAACAAUGGCUACAAACAGAAGCUCUUAUAAAAAACCCAAAGAUAGAAGUGACUCAUGAUAAUAGGUUUAUGUUCAAAGCUAUGUAUAAAAUCAAAGAUAAAAAAUCUCUAUUGAGAUUAUUAAAGCAACAGGAUCUGAAAGGUCUUGGAGGAAUUUUAUUAGAGGAUAUACAAGAAAGCUUACCACACUGUGAUAAACAUUUAAAGAGUUUGCAAAAUGAGAUAUUAUUUAUAACUCGGCCCUUGGAUAAAAAGAAGAUCGUCUUUUACAAUGACAAGACAGCUCAAUUUCCAGUAGACGAUGAAUUUCAAAAAUUAUGGAGGGCCGUUGCGGUCGAUGCAAUGGAUGAUCAAAAGAUCGACGAGUACCUUGAAAAACAAGGAAUCAGAUCGAUGCAAGACCAUGGUCCUAAAAAACCAGCAUUGAUUAAAAGAAAGAAACCUGUUAGUAAGAGGAAACAGUUCAAAAAGCCAAGGGAUAACGAACAUUUGGCAGAUGUAUUAGAAACAUACGACGAUUCGAAAUAAUUAUGUUUUAAUUUUGUAAAUAAAGUGAAUUUCAUACCUAACUAUUAAAAAGGAAGUAAGAUUGUUUAAUCACCAAAAGAUUUACUUUACAGUUAGGACUGUAGGGUUACAUCACCGUGAUAUAAUAAAUAAGUAAAAUAUUUAUUGUCAUAACUUUCAUUGUAAGUACAAAAUAAAUAUAGAUCAGUUUCCACAUCUAACAUAUAA